AUGGCGCGGCCCGUGAGCGACAGGACUCCGGCCCCCCUGCUGCUGGGCAGCCCGACCGGGGCCCCCCCUGGCGGGGGAGCGCUGCUUGGGCUGCGGAGCCUUCUGCAGGGGACCAGCAAGCCCAAAGAGCCAGCCAGCUGUCUGCUGAAGGAAAAGGAGCGCAAGGCGGCCCCGCCGGCAGCCACGGUCCCCGGGCCGGGCCUGGAGCCGGCGGGACCGGCGGAUGCCUCAGCUGGGGCGGUAGUGGGCGGCGGGUCCCCACGGGGACGCCCGGGGGCUGCGCCCGGCCCGGGUCUGUUGGCGCCGCUACUGUGGGAGCGGACGCUGCCGUUCGGCGACGUGGAGUACGUGGACCUGGACGCCUUCCUGCUGGAGCAUGGGCUCCCUCCCAGCCCGCCGCCCCCCGGCGGCCCGUCGCCAGCGCCCUCGCCCGUGCGCACACCUGCACCCUCCCCGGGGCCCGGCUCCUGCGGCUCGGCUUCCCCUCGCUCCUCGCCUGGGCACGCCCCCGCCCGGGCUGCCCUCGGGGCCGCCGGCGGCCACCGCGCAGGCCUGACCUCUCGGGAUACACCCAGCCCUGUGGACCCAGACACGGUGGAGGUGCUGAUGACCUUCGAACCUGACCCAGCUGAUUUAGCCCUGUCAAGCAUUCCCGGCCAUGAGACCUUUGACCCUCGGAGACAUCGCUUCUCAGAGGAGGAACUUAAGCCCCAGCCAAUCAUGAAGAAGGCGCGGAAGAUCCAGGUGCCAGAGGAGCAGAAGGACGAGAAGUAUUGGAGCCGGCGAUACAAGAAUAACGAGGCAGCCAAGCGGUCCCGCGACGCCCGGAGGCUCAAGGAGAACCAGAUAUCGGUGCGGGCGGCCUUCCUGGAGAAGGAGAACGCCCUGCUACGGCAGGAGGUGGUGGCCGUGCGCCAGGAGCUGUCCCACUACCGCGCCGUGCUGUCCCGCUACCAGGCCCAGCACGGAGCCCUGUGAGGCCGCCCCCCACCCCAACGGGCGGAGCGCUCCUCCGCCUUGCUCAGACUUGCGCCCUGACACCCUUUUCCCUCCCCGCCCUGUGGCCCACGGGCCGGCCAGCUGGGUGCCCCAGGGAUGUGAUGAUGCAGAUAAAUACAUUUAUAUUUUUAAGAAAAAGUGAGCCUCCCCGCUCCCACGCGGGGGCGGGGAAGGUCCUCAGUGUGUGCCCCCCGGCACGUCGGGGACCCCAUCCUCCCACCGCCUCCGUUAACACGAUCCUGAAUAAAUCUUGAGA